CUCGCCGAACACUCAACUCCAGCAGUAGCAGUUAAGUGAAGCAAUGACAGGUGGCGCUGAGUGAUGUUGUUAUGCACCGCCCACUGACAUUCACGAGGCACGCUUGGCCACGCCAGCCGCCAGGUCAUGCUAAGUCAAAUCAAACAACGCCAUUCAACGUCGAGCCAAGGUAGAGACAAGAGCGUUUGCCUCAUCUUGUGUUACUUGUCAGAUUUCACGAAGCUUACUGAAAUAAACACUCUUGCCGCGAAUAGUUGGUUUUUUUCAAAUAUUUUUCAUAAAUUACUACAAGUCUCAGUAAUAAUGAAAGUGAAAGAAUGAACUGACUGUCUUUACAGACUUUUUAUUCAGUGUGAGCGGUUGCUGAGAGAUAAACUGAAUUGAUAGGUUAUGUUUAUGUGAACUGUUUGUUUAUAUAUUAGUAAAAUGUCAACUCCGUUUUUGGCAGAAGAUAGUCAUCUUUCGCUGAUAGCUCCAAGCUUAUCGCGAAGAAUUAAUAAUUUGAGCAAAACAGCUAACAAGUUUGAUCAUGUUAUGACAUUUUUUGUCACUGUAAUGUCAGAAUUUGGAUACAAAGCAGCUUGCUUAUACAACGAAAGAGCUGAAUCCUGGUCUGAUGAUUUUUCAUUGGUGUGGAACUCUUGGAAAUCACCAAGAAAUAAGUUCUAUGAGAUUAAAUUUAUAUUAGGUCAUAGAAAACAAGCUCAGUGCAAACUUAUUGGUAUCCCUAUGGGAGACUGGAUUAUUUUAAAUCUAAUGGCAAGAGGUGCAAGUAAAAAGUGUAAUACAAGGUCAAUGACGGUUCAUGUUGACAAGCAUAUUAACUUGUGCCUUAAAGAGCUUGGAAAAUUCUGGCACAUGAAAGAAUUAGGUCUAAAUUUUAAAAAUAAGCUGUUAGCACCUUUACAUGGCGAAAUGAUGAUGGAAAUUGGUGUGGCUGGUCCAUGUCUUCUAGGACUUCCUCUUGAAAUCAAGUUUCUCAUUGCUGACAUGUUAGACAAGCAAAGUCGGUCAAGUUUAGCACAAAUAUGCCCUCAAAUUAUUAAGGUUGAUAGGAGUAGCACAGUUGGUUCAACUGUUGAACCAACUGUGACACUCCUACCAACUAGACGGCUAUUAUCAAGACCAAAACCAAGACCACGGUUAAUGGAAGCAUUGAGAAGAUCUCGAAAACGACCUGCUAGUAUAUUUAACUAAAUAUCUCAAUUGUUCAAUAUUUGUUUUAAGCAAUUGAUCACAUUUAGUCUUACACGUGAUUAUGUUCUGUGUUUUUUGAUUGUUACAUCAAUUGAUAUUGAUGAAUAAUAGUACAUUACCUAACUAGUCCGGAAAAAUAGAUUCUUUUCUAGUGUGAGGUUUAUGCCCAAGCGAAUCGAAGGUGGAAAGGCAUACAAAACAAGAAUUUCUUUGUCAAAUAUGUUAGGUACAGUAUUUUUUAAAAUGACGUAUGGAAAGGGUGAAUUUGGGUGUAUGCUUUGUGCCGAGUAUGCCGCAAAAUCAUACUUUCGGAACGACAUGUUGAAAAAUAUUUAAAAAUUAAUAUACAACGUAAAUGAAAUGCAAAGACCCGUAAAUGCUAAUUUUGAUAUAUUCAAUAAUGAUGAAGUGUAUAAAGUAAUAGUAUAUAGUAAUCAUAAGUUAUAAAUUUUUAUACAAUCUUUAUUCAAAUUUAUCUUGAUGAUAAAUAUUGUACAAAUAUCAGAUAUUUCUUAUAAAAGUAAAACAAUUGAAAUGACAUUAUUUUUAUAAAGUGAUAUGUUUAUAGAUAAUAAUAGUGUAAAUAUAACGUUCCUAGCUUAUAUUUGUAUGAGUGAAACAUGCGAAAUAAAGAAAUGUCAU